AUGCUUCGCCUUUUCCUACUCGGCCUGCUGGCCACAGCUGACGCCUUGUUGCUCCCCAGUCCUGAAGGGCCUUAUCAAGUUGGCUUGAAGAUUCAUGCCAUGACCGAUCACUCCCGAGUUGACCCAUACUCUCCAGCGGACAACCGCCAUCCUCGAAGACUCCUGACAUCCAUCUUCUGGCCUGUCGCAAAGUCCUGCUCUCACAAGGAGGUCGCCUACCUUCCUCCAGCCACUGCAGCGUGGUACGGCACCCAGGUUAGCGGCUUGGGUCUUCCGAAUAACACAUUUUCGGAUAUGAAGCUUGACGUCUGCGAUGUGGCCAAGCCAGUCAAGAAGUGCCGCAAUGGCACACAUCAGCGUUUCCCUCUCGCCAUCUUCUCCUCAGGCGCGGGGAACUCUCGGCUUAUGUACAGCUUGAUGGCCAUGUCGCUCGCUAGCGAGGGUUACGUCGUGGUGACUGUUGACCACCCGUAUGAUGCUGAUCUUGUGGAGUUCCCGGAUGGAAUGAUUAUCAAGUCGGCCAAUAUUUCAGAGGAUACUGAAUCGCUCAAGAAACUGACCCAGGUCCGAGCUGCCGAUCUGUCUUACGUUGUCUCCGACCUCAAGCGUACCUCAUCACUCCCCGCUGGUGUCCGUGAGAGUAUUGAUUUCUCCAAGCUUGUCGCAUAUGGCCACUCUCUGGGAGGUGCCAGCGCUGCCUCGGUGAUCAAGGCAGAUAGCCAAUUUCUUGGAGGUGUUGACUUGGACGGAAGACUUGUCGAUCCUGUUCUUUCCGAGGGAAUUGAGGAACCUUUUCUUCUACUAGGCCGACCCAAUCACCGUCAGGAAGACGAUACAUGGGUUCAGUUCUGGAAGAGCCUGCGGGGUCCUAAGGCAGAGCUUGCGCUGAAUGGGACUUUGCACGGGUCGUAUACGGACAUGCCCCGUUUGUUCGACGCCUUGAACCUGCCUGCGGAAGCCAAGGCCCAAGCGGCAUCUCUAAUUGGGGCGAUCGAUGGCGAGCGGCUGGGCAAGAUCUUGACGAGCACCUUGUCGUCCUUCUUUUCUCUUGUCCUGGGAGGUUCAUCUGAGGAAUUCAGCAAUAUGAUCAAAACCUUUGCUGAGGUCUCGGUGAUUAAUGAAGAGCUGUAA